AUGAAUAUAUCUCGAGAUUCUCGAGCUUCCCAAUUAUUUCAAUUUGAGCACGUGUUUGGUACCAAAACCAAGUAUUGGGAUCAACGCGAAGGUGUUGACAGGAUGAACAAUGGGUUAGACCUAUCUCGAUUCGAUGAUACAUCCAAUUGGGAUCCAUUACGACAGGAAUUGAAACUGAUUCAGACUCAGAUUGUAGCGCGUCAUGGCACUCGGUAUCCGACGAGUGAAAAUAUCAACGAAAUUGAAGACCUGCUUAGUAGAUUGAAACCAUUUGAAAAAGCAUUGCCAAAGUGGAUGCAAAACUUUACACUGCCAUACAAUUUGAGUGUAGAGAAUGAGCUUGCAGAUGCAGGACAGCGUGAGAUACGUGAGUUUGGUGCUCGUAGUCUUUUUCGAAGUGGACAUGAUCAAGCUCAAACGUACUCGAAAGAGAAGUACCGUCUUGUACACACUUGUGUCACGAGGACGCGAGAUUCGGCAAUUGCAUUUGCAUCCGCGUAUUUUGCAAAUGCUAAAGCUGUGAGAUACAUCAAGUAUCCUCGAAACAAGGAUCUAUUGCUGCGGUUCUUUGACCAAUGUGCCCGUUACCAGCACGAAAUAAAACACAAUCAGACAGCGCAAGAACAAUUUUACAUGUUUCAUACAACUAGUGUCAUGGCCAAAAACGUUCAAUGGUUGAAGCAGUCGCUCGGCCUAACGAAUGAAAAAAUUGCUUUAACGACGGAAGACGCCAUAUCAGUGCAAACUGCCUGCGCGUUUGACAUUGCACUGUACCACAACAAGCAUCAUUGGUGCACAUUACUGUCGGACGCAUUCGUCCAUUCACUAGAGUAUUUGGAUGAUAUCAAGCAGUUUUAUUGGAUUGGUGGUGGAUACAAGAUAAACUACGAGAUGUCUGCCGUGCUUUUGCGUGAGAUCUUUGCCACGAUGGAAGCAAAAGCUAGAGGAGAUAGUGCUCUUCGUGGAAUUUUUUUCUUCGCACACGCAGAGACCACGCUUCCUCUAAUGACUUUACUGGGAUAUGGGGAUCGCUCACCUUUACUGUCGAAUGCUACCGACACUGCUAUUACAUCUCGGGGCUUUCGCACAUCAAUUCUUUCCCCGUUUGCAGCAAACCUUCAGUUCCGCUUAUUCGAGACAAAAACGACGCACGAUUUUUUUGUACAGAUUCUGGUCAAUGAGAAGGAAAUUCCAAUUCCAGGGUGUGGACGUGUAUUCUGUAAGCUAUCGAAGCUGGAACAAAUAUGGCACUACUACUUGAAAACCUACAAGCUGGGCUCGUUAUCGCAUCUUCAGCACAACAGCAAAUUCUGGUGA